AUAUUCACAGAAUACGGGCGAGUAAAAUACUUAAAUACAUAUAUAGGAAAACUGAAUUAUUCUUCAUGGUUGCUCAGAACUAAGGAUGAGAUAUCCACAGGGGAUAGCAGUGGAAUAUUAGGGAGCUGGGGAUGAGGCGUUUCAGAAGUCGAUAUCUUCUCAGGUUGAUCAGCAUCAACAACAGUGCCUUAAAAUCUUCCGAAGUAUAAGCUCCCUAAUGCCCUCAAACGAGUGACUGAUCUUCUGCUUCAGAAGAAGUAAAAGAGAAACUUAUUAUAGCUGCCAAACUGCAGUUGCAACAAUCAUGAUGAACAGCAAGUGGGUAAUGUGGUUUUUGUCUUCACAUUCCUGAGCUUUUGUUUCCUUUACCAUAACAGGCUUCUGAAAGGUCUGCCAAUCAUCUCUUCUGCAUGCGUCACUUGGUUCAGUGGACUCUGAGGGAGAUGUUUCGAGUCACUGAUGCAGGCGAAUGCUGCUCAGUUCCGGCUUUCAGCAACUGUAUCUACAAGUGGGAAGAAGAACCCUGUACUCUUCUCGUUACUCGAUGGCAGAGAAUGUCCGUAGGCCACCUCUCUCGGUUGCCAUCCUCCUGCUUUUUCUUGUUGGCAUCUCUGGUUUCAUUCAGACAUCAGAUGGCGUCACUCUCACAGGUCCCAUCAAGACCGUUGUUGUGCUCGUCAUGGAGAACAGAUCCUUCGACCACAUUCUCGGCUGGAUGAAGGCCACUAACCCGAACAUAGAUGGAGUUACAGGCAAGGAAUGCAAUCCGAAAUCGACGCUGCACCCGGAUACUGAUUUUAUCUGCUUCACAGAUGGUGCUGAAUAUGUUGAUCCGAAUCCCGGGCACGAUUUCGAAGCGGUCACUGAACAACUGUUUGGCUCUGUCAACGCGACCGGAGCGAAUUCAGUCCCUCCGAUGAAUGGUUUUGUUCAGCAGGCUCUUGGGGUCAGUUCGGACCUGCCGGGGAAAGUAAUGCAGGGUUUCAGGCCGGAAUCAAUACCGGUUUACAAGACGUUGGUAGAAGAAUUCGCUGUCUUCAAUCGGUGGUUCUCCUCUCUUCCAGGUCCAACACAACCGAACCGCCUAUUCAUCUACUCUGCAACCUCGCAUGGCGCAACCGGUCAUCUCCCUAGGCAGUUAGCUGGAGGGUAUCCGCAGAAGACAAUCUUUGAUUCAGUCCAUGAAUCUGGAUUGAGCUUUGGGGUCUACUUCCAAAGUAUUCCUACAACUUUGUUCCUUAAGAAUAUGAGAAAAUUGAAGUACAUAUCAAACUUUCAUUUCUAUGAUUUAAAGUUCAAGAGAGAUGCAAGAAAUGGGAAGUUGCCUAACUUGUGUCUGAUUGAGCCUAGAUACUAUGAUUUGAAAAUAAUUGAAGCAAAUGAUGAUCACCCAUCACAUGAUGUAUCGAAUGGGCAGAGACUCGUAAAGGAGGUGUACGAAACCUUGAGGUCCAGCCCUCAGUGGAACGAAACUUUGUUGAUUAUCACAUAUGAUGAACAUGGAGGAUUUUUUGAUCAUGUUCCAACCCCUGCACAAAAUGUGCCAAAUCCUGAUGGAAAUACUGGUCCUGCUCCAUAUUUUUUCAAGUUUGAUAGGUUGGGAGUUCGAGUUCCAACAAUAAUGGUGUCUCCGUGGAUCAAAAAAGGGACAGUGAUCGGCAGGCCACAAGGACCCACUCCAAGUUCUGAGUAUGAACAUUCGUCUAUACCAGCAACUAUCAAGAAGUUGUUCAACCUAAACUCCAACUUUUUGACCCACAGAGAUGCAUGGGCAGGAACUUUUGAGCAAAUUGUAGGGGACUUACAGGCACCAAGAACAGACUGCCCAGUGGUUCUGCCUUCUGUAUCAAAGAAACUAAGAACUACAGCAGCUAAAGAAGACACAAAUUUGUCAGAGUUUCAAACCGAGUUAGUUCACCUUGCAGCAGUCCUGAAUGGUGAUCAAGUUUUAAGCAGCUUUCCAGAUGAAACAAGCAGGAGAAUGAGUGUAAAAGAUGGAGAUGAGUAUGUGAGCGGUGCUGUCUCAAGAUUCAUGGAAGCUAGUAAAGAAGCCAAGAAGCUGGGAGCAGAUGAGUCUGCCAUUGUUGACAUGAGAUCAUCACUAACAACCAGAAAGAAGCUGCCUUGAGUUGCAUUAGUGAACGGAUGUAGAAAAACUAUACAACGAAAAUAUGACUUAGCAAAGUCAGUUUAUGGUGUAUCCAAAUGUCUUGAAGUUCUUGAAGAUGUGAAAAAUCAAUUGGUGAAGAAGAAAUGUAAUUUAGUAUUCGUUCAUACUAACAAAUUGACGGC